AUGUUGUACUUUUCUGGAAGACGCGUUUAUGUAAACUCACCGUCUCACGUCUUGUAUUUUGCAAAGAUGCUCCCGCGGCGACUCCGAGUCAGGGCAGAAUGCAUACCUGCAUUGCUCUGCCUGGUGCUUCUGUUGAACACAAACUUUCUCUGCGCGACAUCGUCCAGAGAUGAGAUCUCGCCCCCUCGUCCUCUUCUAGCGUACCAGGUUAGCGACAACCUAAGGUUGAGGGGCGGGGCUUUCUGGUUUUCUGCAGUUGCAGGCCCUGCAGAGAAGGCUGCUUUCUGGAGACAAGUCAGCACAGCGCCGGCACAAUGGAUUCGCGACAGGUUGCAGAAGCUCUGCCCCUUUGGAUCGAAGGAGGCCAACAUAGCGGCCAAGGAGCUCUCGAGCCAAGGUCCUGGAGACACUGUGCUGGUUACUGGAGCUUCAGGAUUUCUAGCAGGACAUGUGAUCAACGAGCUAAUCAAGCGAGGAUACCACGUGAGGGGAACAGUGCGAACGUUCAACGACACGCAGAAAGUCGCAGCUCUCCAGCAGCUUUUCCCAAAGCUUGAGUUGUAUGAGGCAGAUUUGCUCGACGAUGGGAGCUUCAAUGAAGCUAUCAAAGGCUGCAAGUUUGUGCUUCACACAGCUUCUCCUUUCCACUAUGAAGUUCAGAAUCCAGAAACAGAUCUAGUCGAGCCUGCCGUGAAGGGCACCAUGAACAUCCUUCGAGGGUCAAGGGUUGUGGGAGGUGUCAGAAGAGUUGUCAUCACCUCUUCCGCCGCUGCCAUCCUGACGCUCAACAUCCCUUCUGACCAAAACUAUGCAUGGAGCGAAGAUGACUGGAAUGUCGACACAACGCUUGAGGACAACGCAUACAGGUACAGCAAGACGCUCGCUGAACAGGCUGCUUGGGUCUGGAUUGCUUCGGCUCUGAACAGCCACAACUAUGGUGUUGCCGGUGGAUUUUCAGAUCCCAAGGAAAUCAAGAAAGCGUUGGAUGCUGGAGGACAGGAGUACAAAGUCGACUUUGACAUCGUUACCAUGAACCCCUCGUUCCUCACCGGCCCGUCACUCUCCAACCGAACAGAUUCAGAGAGCACGAAACUCAUCAAGGAUCUGCUGGACGGACGAUAUUCGCACAACGGAACCAACGGAGGAAGGUGCAUCGGGUGUGUGGAUGUCAGAGAUGUUGCAGCGGCGCAUGUCAAUGCCAUGGAGAACCCGUCAGCGUUCGGGCGAUACUUGAUCUCUUCAGACAAGGGGAUCAGCCACUUGGAACUUGCCAACAUGUUGAAGAGCGACAAACGCUUCAAGGAUUUUCCUCUCCCACGACAUUCCAUGGAGCCCAUCACCUACAAGCCCUGCUACAACACGGCCAAGAUUCGAGAUGCUGCUGAAGACCUGAUCAGGAAGAACCUGAUCGAGCAAGGCGCCAUGGCUGCUUAA